UUGCGAACGGCCUCCACGCUAUUCUUCAAGAUCAAGAACUUUAAGACGGCGGCUUCCUUUGCGCGCCGUCUGUUGGAGUUGGGCCCAGCGCCAGCGGUUGCGCAACAAGUGCGAAAGAUCCUGGCGGUGUGCGAGAAGAAUCCCACAGACGCACACGCUAUUGACUACGACGAACACAACCCCUUCACGCCCUGCGCCAAGAGUUACAAGCCUAUCUACAAGGGAACGGCCAGUGUCAAGUGCCCGUACUGUGCCUCCACCUUCCAGCCCGAAUUCAAGGGAGAACUAUGCCCCGUGUGUAAUCUAUCGCAAAUCGGCAAGGACUGUAUGGGUCUACACAUCAGCCGCGCUCAAUUGCAGAGAUAA